AUUCAAGCGGAGUUGAUGAGUCUUUAUCUUCUUCCUCCUCAGCAUCGCUCCUUUUUCGAUUUGCUUUUGCGGUAUACUCGUCAGAAAGAUCUUCAGAAGGGCAAAGCCAUUCACGCUCAACUCCUCAGAACUGGUUCUUGCUGUUCAGUCUACCUCACCAACAGUCUUGUUAACUUGUAUGCCAAAUGUGGAAGCCUUCUCAAGGCCAAGCUCGUCUUCGAGAGUAUAUCAAACAAAGACGUUGUCUCAUGGAAUUGCCUCAUCAAUGGCUACUCUCAAAAGGGUACCGUUGGAUCUUCGUUUGUGAUGGAGCUUUUUCAGAGAAUGAGAGCGGAGAACACUCUGCCGAAUGCCCAUACUUUUAGCGGGGUUUUCACUGCUGCUUCAAGUUCACCCGAAACUUUUGGUGGUCUACAGGCCCAUGCGCUUGCGAUCAAGACUUCUAACUUUUAUGAUGUUUUUGUUGGCAGUUCGCUUAUUAAUAUGUAUUGUAAAAUUGGGUGUCUGCUCGAUGCUCGUAAGGUGUUCGACACAAUUCCCGAGAGGAAUAUUGUUUCUUGGGCUACAAUGAUUUCAGGGUAUGCGAUGGAAAGGAUGGCUCUUGAGGCUUGGGAGUUGUUUUUAUUGAUGCGUCGUGAAGAGGGGGCCCAUGAUAAGUUUAUCUAUACGGGUGUGCUUAGUGCACUGACGGUUCCUGAUCUUGUUCGCUAUGGUAAGCAAAUCCAUUGUCUUGCCCUUAAAAAUGGGUUGUUAUCAAUUGCUUCUGUGGGGAAUGCUCUUGUUACGAUGUAUGGAAAAUGUGGGUGUUUAGAUGAUGCUCUUAAAACAUUUGAAUUGUCUGGUGACAAGGACGAUAUUACAUGGUCAGCUAUGAUAACUGGCUAUGCUCAAGCUGGGGACUCGGACGAGGCUUUAAAGUUGUUUUAUAAUAUGCAUCUUAAUGGGAAUAAGCCUAGUGAAUUUACUUUUGUCGGAGUGAUCAAUGCUUGUAGUGACAUUGGUGCUCUGGAAGAGGGGAAACAAAUCCAUGGAUAUUCCCUGAAGGCGGGAUAUGAGCGCCAGAUUUAUUUCAUGACAGCUUUGGUUGAUAUGUAUGCAAAAUGUGGAAGCCUAGUUGAUGCUCGAAAGGGGUUUGAUUAUUUAAAAGAACCGGAUAUUGUUUUGUGGACUUCCAUGAUUUCAGGAUAUGCUCAAAAUGGUGAAAAUGAAACUGCUUUGACUCUAUAUUGUAGAAUGCAGAUGGAAGGGAUUCUGCCCCAUGAGCUAACUAUGGCUAGUGUCUUGAGAGCAUGUUCAAGCCUUGCUGCUUUAGAACAAGGUAAGCAAAUCCAUGCCCAGACGAUUAAAUAUGGAUUCAGUCUUGAAGUUCCAAUAGGGAGUGCCCUUUCUACCAUGUAUGCAAAGUGUGGUAGUGUAGAAGAUGGGAACCUGGUAUUUAGGAGGAUGCCUACUCGAGAUAUUAUGACAUGGAAUGCUAUGAUAUCUGGUCUUUCUCAAAAUGGAGAGGGUCUUAAGGCUCUUGAACUUUUUGAAGAGAUGCGUCACGGCACUACAAAACCCGACUAUGUUACUUUCGUGAACGUUCUUUCUGCGUGUAGUCACAUGGGAUUGGUGGAAAGAGGCAAGGUAUAUUUUAGGAUGAUGCUUGAUGAUUUCGGCAUUGUUCCAAGAGUCGAGCAUUAUGCUUGCAUGGUAGAUAUUCUAAGUCGUGCAGGUAAGCUACAUGAAACGAAAGAGUUCAUAGAAUCUGCCACUAUCGAUCACGGUAUGUGUUUAUGGCGUAUCCUGUUAGGUGCUUGUCGAAACUAUCGUAAUUACGAAUUGGGAGCAUAUGCAGGGGAGAAACUAAUGGAGUUAGGUUCACAAGAAUCGUCUGCUUAUAUAUUAUUAUCUAGUAUUUAUACUGCACUGGGAAGGUCUGAUGAUGUUGAACGGGUGAGAAGGUUGAUGAAACUUCGAGGGGUGAAUAAGGAACCAGGUUGUAGUUGGAUUGAAUUGAAAAGUCAGGUUCAUGUGUUUGUAGUUGGCGACCAGAUACAUCCUCAGAUUUUCAAAAUACGUUCAGAGUUAAGAAGGUUGAGAGAUCAUAUGAAGGAUGAAUGUUAUGAAUCAUUCGAUGAUACAAACUCUAUGACAUUAUACAUAUAGAGAAAGUCUACAACACUUAGCAAUAUUUUCUGCCAUUACUACCAAAGAGGAAAAAAAAAAGAAAAAAACUCCUACAACAAAACCAAAAAAGACCCCUGUAUCCCCAACCCCAUCUUUGAGUCUUCAUUUCAUCAAGCAAAACACCUCAUGGAAUACGUAGACACCCCAGAAUUCAAAGACGGCGAAGGGGAGAAAACCCUGAGAUAAUCAUUCUCCAAAUCAGAGUCCAUCACAGGACAGAACUCCAAUUUCUCAUCAUGAUCAUACACAAACUUAGGUAACUCCAUCUCUUUCCUUCUAACGUGUUCCCAAAGAAACUCCACUCUUUUCACAUAUUUCACCUUGUUAUACAACCUGCAAGUCAAAGAAAUUACAACAACCACGCCAUAAAGAUCUGACCUUUUUGCCUUUUUAUGAAAUGGGAAGUUUCAAUUACAGGGGAGGAAGGAAGAAUGCUUACUCGGCGUCAAGCAUGAGGCGGCCGACGGUGGCAAAAAACACACGGGUUUGCAAGCUAGGGUGGAGGAAAUAAACAGCUUCAAUGUUGUUCUUAAUGGUGAUUGGAAUGGCCUCAUAGAUUGCCUUGAGAUUUGAAAUUCCAGGACAAUUCUCUGUCCAAUGAACAUCAGUGUGAAUGUACACCACCGUGAAAGGCCCAUCUUUAAGGAGAGGGAAAAUCUUAUCCUUCAAAUAGACAUUCACGGCCUGACUGCUUACAAACCGCGCUAAACCCAAAACAGAGAUGAAUCAACACAUACACACACACUAACGCACUCUGGUUUCGAAGAACAAGAAGAGUAAUUUAAUUUCAGUACCUGGAAAGUAUUUUCCGACAAUGAGGAGGACAUUCCUGCCAGCCUUAUCACGACCAUGGAGUCUAAAAACCUCGACUUUACCAAGGAGGUGAAGUUGGUCGGAGAGAGAAGAAGAAGAAGAGCAGUUCAUAAUGAAAAGUUCCAAGUCGAAGAGUUAUGGAUUUUGCGGGUUUAAAAUGGAGAGAAGAGGUGGGGUCGGAUGAGAAAUAGCAGAGGAAUAUUCGAAAGGAUGUACUAUUUUAUGGGUCGGAUUGAUUGAAAUGGGUUCGGUGGAGGUUUAUCCGACAAGUCAGGGGCUCUGUUUCAUUAUCGGAUCGGAUGUCUAUCCUCCCAGCCGUGUGUAAAAUUCUUAAGGGCAGUGGGGGCGGUCGGUAAAUUUUUUAUUUAUUUUUUAUCUUCCUUUUUCUCUUGCCGGUUGUUUUGUUAAGAAGUGGGAUGGAAUUUAUCUAUGCGUGAUCGGUUCGGUGAGGUAAUUCUAUAGAAACAGAGUUUUGUCAUUAAA